AUGACGCUUAAUGAUCUAGGUGGGCGGACGAAAACCUCCAUUAUUGCGACUAUAUCUCCAGUAUCCUCCAAUCUGGAAGAAACAUUGUGCACACUGGACUACGCACAAUGUGCCAGAAGCAUACAGAACCGACCAGAAUUAAACCAAAAGAUGACUAAGAAAACUCUCAUCAAGGAGUACACCAACGAAAUAGAGAAGCUUAGGAAAGACUUAAUAGCUGCCCGUGAGAAGAACGGCAUUUACUUAGCAGAGGAAAACUACAAUGAUAUCACAUCCAAACUGGAGACACAAGCAGCAGUGAUAAAAGAACUGGAAGACAACAUUGGGGCAAUUACAGAUGGGAUAACAAAAUUAUCUGAGAUUUUUACUGAAACUCAAAGCAAGCUGGAUGAGACGACGAAGACGUUGGACUACACGACCGACCAGCUGUGCAGCACUCAACACGAGUUGCAUACGACGAAGCGGGAUCGGGACGAACAGAAGCAUCUUGUGGGUCAUCAUGUCAGGUCUGAGCGUGCGUUGUACUCGCAAGCCAAAAAGCUGCUGACGACGUCAGACGAGUCGACGGCGGAUGUUUCGGGGCUUCACUCGAAACUCGAUCGGAAGCACGAGGUAGAACGACACAACCUCGACACGCAGGCCACCUUCCAGACUCGCUUCAGCGAUGACAUCACCAACAUGGCCGCCAGGCUGUCGUCGUUCGCACAGCAGCAGCGAGAGAUGAGCGACGCCGUGCAGGAGAACAUAGGUCAAACCCUCACAGCACACAAAGAACGCCUAGAAGUCUUUGUUCAGUACUUGGGUAAAUUGUCAUGCUCCGUGGAGGAAGGCCAUGACAACCUCACUACACGUCGCAUGGAUCAGUUGGCCAGCAAUACGGCCUGGGCGGAAGAGAAGCUCUCGUAUGUGCGAGAUACUUGCAGGGAUGCGAGCAAGAGCGUGUCACAGCGUUGUCAUGAGCAGCUGCAGCCAACUCUGUGGAACAUUGAACAACAAUUGGCACAGCUCACACAACAUAUGGCCGACCUCUCCGGCUACGUGAAGCAACAGGCCACGACACAACAAGAAAUGGUACAAGACUUUGUCAAAGGUGAAAUGGCUGGGUUGGAGUCCAUUGUCGUGUCCGUAGCAGCGUACGCUAAAGAUAGAGAGACAUCAGUGAAUGCACUGGAGCAAAAGGUGGAAGAAAUGACCAAGGCAAAUGACAGCUUGCAGCCGAUUGCUUCUCUUUUGAUGAAAACCUUUAAUGAACAGUCACAGACGUACAAACAGGUGGGUGAGGAGUUGACAGAAAGCAGACGAGCAAACACGGAAUUCUUCAACGUACGCUUGCCCACCUAUUCUCGGCAGUGUCAUGCCGCGGAAGCGCAGUUCUCUGAAUCUUAUGCAUCAGCACUGAAGACUUCAGACGAGAGUGUUGGCAAAAAAAUCAAAAUGAUGAACAGUGCAAGGCAGAUUGCUGAGACAAAGAACUCGGAAGCCCAGAAAUGUGUGAUCGCUCUGGAGCAUGAUAGCACUCAGCGAUGGACAGACAUGAAUGCAUCGUUGAUUCCAGCGUAG